GGAGCAUCCGGCCGGCGGCCGGGAGCAGGGAACAUGGAGAGUGAGCGCGACAUGUACCGCCAGUUCCAGGACUGGUGCCUCAGGACUUACGGGGACUCAGGCAAGACCAAGACGGUGACCCGUAAAAAAUACGAGCGGAUCGUCCAGCUCCUCAACGGCUGCGAGUCGAGCUCCACGGACAACGCCAAAUUUAAAUUCUGGGUCAAGUCGAAGGGUUUCCAGCUGGGCCAGCCGGACGAGGUCCGCGGGGGCGGCGGCGGCGCAAAGCAAGUGCUCUACGUGCCGGUCAAGACCACGGAUGGCGUAGGGGUAGAUGAGAAGCUGUCUUUGCGGCGGGUAGCUGUGGUUGAAGAUUUCUUUGACAUUAUCUAUUCAAUGCAUGUGGAAACAGGGCCAAAUGGAGAACAAAUUCGGAAACAUGCUGGACAAAAGAGAACUUACAAAGCAAUUUCAGAGAGCUAUGCCUUCCUACCAAGAGAAGCGGUGACACGGUUUCUAAUGAGCUGCUCAGAGUGCCAGAAAAGAAUGCAUUUAAACCCAGAUGGAUCAGAUCAUAAAGAUAAUGGAAAACCUCCCACUUUGGUGACCAGCAUGAUUGACUACAACAUGCCAAUUACCAUGGCCUAUAUGAAGCACAUGAAACUGCAGCUGCUAAACUCACAGCAAGAUGAGGAUGAAAGUUCAAUAGAAAGUGACGAAUUUGAUAUGAGUGAUUCAACGCGGAUGUCAGCUGUGAACUCUGACCUUAGCUCCAAUCUUGAGGAAAGGAUGCAAAGCCCCCAGGCUCUUCAUGGCCAGCAGGAUGAUGAUUCUGCUGCAGAGAGCUUUAAUGGCAAUGAGACUCUGGGGCAUAGUUCAAUUGCUUCAGGGGGAACACACUGCAGGGAGAUGGGCGACUCUAAUGGUGAUGGCAAAACUGGGCUGGAGCAGGACGAGCAGCCACUGAACCUGAGUGACAGUCCCCUCUCAGCACAGCUGACUUCAGAAUACAGAAUAGAUGACCACAGCAGUAAUGGAAAAAACAAAUAUAAGAAUCUGCUAAUUUCUGACCUCAAGAUGGAACAAGAAGCGAGAGAAAAUGGAAGCAAGUCCCCUGCACAUAGCUAUUCAAGCUACGACUCGGGCAAAAAUGAGAGUGUAGACCGAGGUGCUGAGGACCUGUCCCUAAACAGGGGAGAUGAGGAUGAAGAUGACCACGAUGACCACGAGGAUUCUGAGAAAGUUAACGAGACAGAUGGCGUUGAGGCCGAGCGGCUGAAAGCUUUUAAUAUGUUUGUCAGGCUGUUUGUAGAUGAAAACUUGGACCGAAUGGUCCCAAUCUCUAAGCAGCCCAAAGAAAAGAUCCAGGCUAUCAUUGACUCAUGCAGGCGACAAUUCCCUGAGUAUCAAGAGCGUGCCCGAAAACGCAUACGUACUUACCUCAAGUCCUGCAGGCGGAUGAAAAGAAGUGGUUUUGAGAUGUCUCGACCUAUUCCUUCCCACCUUACUUCAGCAGUUGCAGAGAGUAUCUUGGCUUCAGCCUGUGAGAGUGAGAGUAGAAAUGCCGCCAAGAGGAUGCGUCUGGAUAGACAACAGGAUGAAUCUGCUCCAGCUGACAAACAGUGUAAACCAGAGGCGGCCCAGGGCACUUACUCAACCUCAGCUGUUUCAGGCUCCCAGGAGGUGUUGUACAUCAACGGAAAUGGGACCUACAGUUACCAUAGUUACAGAGGGCUCGGAGGGGGACUGCUAAAUCUGAAUGAUGCUUCUAGUAGUGGACCCACUGACCUCAGCAUGAAGAGGCAGUUGGCGACCAGCUCAGGAUCCUCCAGCAGUUCAAGCUCCAGACCCCAGCUGAGUCCAACUGAAAUCAAUGCAGUGAGACAGCUGGUUGCAGGAUAUCGGGAAUCCGCUGCAUUUUUAUUGCGUUCCGCAGAUGAACUGGAAAAUCUUAUUUUACAACAGAACUGAGUCCAGCGACGAUCCUCUUCACUGAGGUUUAAAUUUGCAGUUUCCACUAAUGACGUUUUGAUUUCCCAGCAGAGGUGCGUUUGGUCUUACUGCACAGUCUUAAGAGAAAUAUUUCCACUAUGCCACAUUGUCCUUGAUCCAUAAAGUGAUGUGUUUAGGUGCUUCAAAGGAACUCUGGCCUCUGAAGUAUUUGAGAUACUUUAAUGUGUCCAGCCUACUGUUUUUUGUUUCAGUGUGCCAGCAUAAAUAUCUGGGGCAAAAAAAAAAAAAAAAAAAAAAAAGGCUGUAUAUUCCUAAUUCAAGGAUAAAACAGAAGAAGCUUGUGGUAUAAAAUGUAGUUCAAGAUCCAACUGAAAUAUUAGUGGAAUUUGCUACUGACUUACUGGACUGAAAGCUGCAGUAUCUGGCAAAAAAAAAAAAAAAAAAAAAAAAAAAAAAGCCAAAAUUUCUCAUUGCUACAGGAAAUAACAAUGAAAAGGAUCUUGUAUUUUAAAAAAAUAUGUAAUUUUUAUAAAAAGAAAACUUGUUUUUCAUUCAGAAUUGUCAUUUUUACUUUGGUAACUUUUUCAUAGGUCCUAAAAGAAAACUGUUUUGAGAAACUACUGUAAGUACCUUUUCCACCUCCCUUUGCCUUCUCCUCUUUCCAAAUUAUUUCUACAGAAAUAACAUUUGAUGCUGGGGGAAAAAAAUACCCUUGCCUACGUUCUUUAAAUCGUCGCAUCAGGAACUACUUCCAAGAGAAGCCUGCGUUUCUGCACUCAUGCUGGUCUCAAGCAUCCCACUCACCAUUGCAGCUUUACCAUAGCGGUUUUCACCACAGAAUUUUUUAAUAUUGAAAAAGACAUAUCAUUGAAAAAAUAAAUGACAUCUUGGUUUCUUACAGCUGCUCUCCCCAGAUUGCCGCUGCUGUCUUAUGGGCAUCCUUCUAGCAGCCAUUGGAUGUCGAUGACUGAAUGUUAAAGAGGUUGCAAGUGACAAUCUGAAAAUUUGCACUCUUGUGUGUAGUUUUCUUUUCUCUCUUUCAGAAAUAGUUCCCAAAAAGACCAUUACCUCUCCUGAUAUGAUUUGUAUAAUUUACAGUUGUAGGUAAAAAUGAUGUAAAGAACUCUCAGUGGAUGCAGCUGCAAUCUACAAGGAACUUUCCCCUCCUCUUCCCCAUAUUUUGCCCUUCUUAUUUUAUAGUGUUGAAUACACAUGGAUGGUGUUUUCUUUGUGCACUGAGGCAAGCCUAUUUUUUAAAUAUUUAGGGAGGAGUACAUCAGUUUACGCUUCUUGUACAAUUUUCUUCUGUUGUUUGGCUUCGGUUGGAUUAGAGGUUCUUUGUGCAUUCCUGAAUUUGCCUUAUUUCAUGUAAAAUUUAUGUCAUUUGGUUUUUGAUAAUAAGUUGAAGACAUCAGUGAUAUUUCUUAACUACUUGUUACAUAUAGUUUUUCAAGUAAUGACUGUGAUUGUGACCAAGUAAUGUGCACUUUUUCUUGUAACUGUGGACAUUGCUAUGCUCUUUUCUUCUAGUGUUUCUAGAAUUACUGUUCCUUACAGUUAUGUAAACAAAAAACAAAAAAAACAAAAAAGAACUUUUGUGAUACUGUUGGUGAAUAUAAUGUGAAAAUCUUAUUGAAAUAUGAGUAUUUUGGAAAUACAUAGAUGCACAAACAUCUUUUAAGGUGUGGAUUUAGAGUUUGCUUAUUUAAAUGAAAAUUCAAAAACUGAGGGCUG